AUGGCAUCCCGUCUUACCGCCACAGCGGCCCUCCUGGGCCUCUCCGCCCUUGGCUACACCUCCAUCAUCGGCCUGACGGCGCGCAACGGCUGGGGCGAGCGGUUCAACGAGUAUAACGAGCGCGCGGUCGCGGUCCUCCCCGACACCGAGAUCCCCGCCCGCACGCACUUUACCGGCGUCCCCGGCGUCGACCACAUCUUCGUGCAGGCCGUCAAGUUCUUCUACCCUUGCGUCGUGGGCCAGCUGCCCGCUCUCCCGCUCUUCUCCCUCUACUUCGCCGGGCAGGUCAUUGCGCUGCAUAGCUUGCUCGUGCUGGAGGGCUUGCGCCUGGGCAACAAGGGCACUAUUUUCGCGUACACUGCCAUUUGGGGAUCACUCUACCAGUGCGUUCCCUUUGGAAUCACGAUCCCCAUCUACUGCGCUCUAUACCUAUGGCUCUCGCCCCUCGCGAAAUACUCCAAGGGCCCGAAGCGCAUCGAAUCCCUCUCCAUCGAGUCCGUCCAGGCGUUCGCGACCCUCCCCGCCAUCAUCCUCGGCUUCGUCGUCCCCUCGGCCCUGCCGGCCCUCCCGUCGCCCCGCAUCGUCUCCCUCGAGCAGAAGCAGCUUUUCCUCAUCGUGUGGCAGUUCUUCCCCAUUCUCGUGAGCAUCUCGCACCGCAUCUUCACCGUCUUGGCGCCGAAAGUAGGCCUCGUGAAGGCGAGCACGACCUUGGCCGGCAAGUACGACGACGCCAAGGAGGUCUACCGCCAGGUCAUCUACAUGGCGCAAAUCUCCCACAUCGCCGUCAUGACGUUCGUCUUCAUCCCCCAGGCGGUCCAGGCGGUGUUCAAAAUCUCCGACAUCAGCUCCAUCAACCCCUUCACCGUCUUCCUCCCCAUGUCCAUCGUGUCCCCUCGCCAGGUUACUUCCAUGGCGGAGGGCGCCUUGUCGCUGCUCCAGUACGAUUUCUACUGCGGGUCCGCCGCCCUGCUCGGAUUGGUCUCGUAUCUUUCCGGCUCAGCAUACGGGUUCACCGCCGGUGUGUGGACCGCCACCAAGAUCCUUCUCAAGAGUCUGCUUGUUGGACCUGGGGCGGCUCUCCUGUGGGCCUUCUGGGAUAGGGAUGAGGAGGCCUUGCGCGAUGCCGGGGUGGAGAAGUCGGAGAAGAAGGACCAGUGA